UGCGGGCGCGGCGCUGACUCACGUGACGGGCGCCGCCGGCCGUGGGGUCUCCUUCCAGCCGAGGGCGCCGCGGCAGCCGCGCCUCUGGACACGGGCCGCGCCGCGGCCAACCGCCCAUCCCGCGCGACCCGCUUCCGCGCCAGCUUCGGCGGCCUCGCUCCUAUGGCGGCCCCUGGCGGCGCCCGGCGGCUGCCGCUGCUUCUGUUGCUCGCCCUCGUGCACGGAGCCCUGGCAGUGUUUGUGGUGAGAGACGGCAAUGGGACAGCCUGUGUGAUGGCCAACUUCUCUGCUGCCUUCUUGACCAGCUACGGCGCCAGGAGUGGCCCUAAGAAUGUGACCUUCGACCUGCCACCUAAUGCAACAGUGUUAAAUAGCAGCUCUUGUGGUACAGAGAAUGCUUCUGACCCCAGCCUCAUGAUUGCCUUUGGAAGAGGACACAUACUGACCCUAAAUUUCACAAGAAAUGCAACACGUUACAGUGUCCAGCUGAUAAGUUUUGUUUAUAACUUGUCCGACACACAGCUUUUCCCCAAUGCCAGCUCCAAUGAAACCAAGACUGUGGAAUCUGUAACUGACAUCAGCGCAGACAUAAACAAAAAGUACAGGUGUGUGAGCAACAGUCAGAUUCGCAUGAACAACGUGACUGUCACGCUCCGUGAUGCCACCAUCCAGGCAUACCUUUCGAACAACAGCUUCAGCCGGGAAGAGACACGUUGUGAGCAAGACGGACCUUCCCCGACAACAGCACCUGCACCAGUGCCUCCCCGGCCUUCGCCGUCCCCAAAGCCUGAGAACCCCUCAGUGUUCAGGUACAACGUGACUGGCGCCAACGGGACCUGUCUACUGGCCAGCAUGGGGCUGCAGCUGAACGUGACCUACGAGAAGACAGACAACACGACGGUGACACACGUGUUCAACAUCAGCCCAAACAAGACCACCGUGGGUGGGAGCUGCACUGCCCAGCUGGUGACUGCGGAGCUCCAGAGCGAUGAUGCCACGGUCCUGGUGUUCCAGUUCAGCAUGAAUGCGAGUUCCAACCAGUUUUUCCUGCAAGGAGUCCAGCUGAAUACCACUCUUCCCGAUGCCAGAGACCCUGCUUUCAGGGCCACCAACAACUCGCUGAGGGCCCUUCAGGCCACCGUCGGGAAGUCAUACAGGUGCAACUCUGGGGAGCACGUCCAGGUCACACGGGCCUUUGCUGUCAACAUGUUCAAGGUGUGGGUGCAGGCUUUCCACGUGGAAGGCGGCACGUUUGGGUCUGUGGAGGAGUGUCAGCUGGACGAGGACAGCCUGCUGGUCCCCAUCGCCGUGGGCGGCGCCCUGGCUGGGCUGGUCCUCGUCGUCCUCAUCGCCUACCUCAUCGGCAGGAAGAGGAGCCACGCCGGCUACCAGACCAUUUAGCGCAGCCAC